CCGAGAAUUAGCCCUGUUUCACUCUAGUCUCGUCUUCUUCCUUUGCCGGACAAGACAUUACAUUUUCUCCUGUACUUAGGAUAACAAACAAAGGUCCCAUUUUAAGCUUCUUGUCACACCAUUUUUCUGCAAACAACAGCUAAAAAAUAACCAAAACUCCUCUCUGUAGUAUUUUACUCUAUCAAUGAUACAGCAGAAAGACACACAUUGCUUGCUAAAAGAAAAAUGCAACUUUAGCUUUUAAUUCUGGAUCUAAAAUUACCCCAUUAUUGUUGAAACGAAAAUUACCCCAAAAACCAAAAAUGGGGGUUUUGGUAGAUACUUGGUGUUUCUGUAAUGGAGGUGGCAAGUCUGAGAGAAUGAAAGCUUCUAUUUUUUCUACUAAAGGUCCUUCUAUGGCCCACAUAGCUGCUAGUGGCACUGGUUUCUUGAUUCACAGGAAUCUUUUGCUCACUACUCACCUUAUUCUCCCUUCUGUUGCUGCUGCUGAAGCUGCUGAGAUCCAACUUCAAAACGGCGUCGCUUCUUCCCUUUUCCCUAACAGAUUCUUUAUUACCAGUUCUGUAUUAGAUCUGACAAUAGUGGGCCUUGAUGUCAUGGAUGGAGACGCAAAUGCACAUGUUCAGCAGCCUCACUACCUUAAAACCUGUUCCAAACCUAGUCUGGAGCUGGGUAAUGUGGUUUACCUCCUUGGGUAUAGCGAGAAAAAAGAGUUGACUGUUGGUGAAGGAAAAGUAGUAAUAGCGACUGAUAAUCUUAUAAAGCUGUCAACUGAUGGCAUAAGUUGGAGCCCAGGUACUGCUGGUUUUGAUGUUCAUGGCAAUCUUGCGUUCAUUGUAUGUGACCCUAUGAAGCUUGCAACAUCCUCACACUCAAAAUCGUCAUCCGCUUCACCAUCCUCUUCAUCGUCAAAGAAGGUCUGUCCCAUGCAAUUCGGUAUACCCAUCCCCAUCAUAUGUGACUGGUUAAACCAGCAUUGGGAGGGAAACCUUGACGACAUCAAUAAACCCAAGUUACCAAUAAUUCGGUUAAUGUCAGCUGGUCAAAAGAGUGAGCAUUCAUGUGCUUCCUUCACAAUGAGGCGUGUUUUUAAGUCAACUGAAGCUGAAAAUGGAGAGACUCCAUCAUCAUCGAACCGAUUGUCAAAGCCUAGAGAGCACUCUGGACCAAGCUGUUCUGCCGUUGCAACUAAUAUGGAAGACGAAGCAUUAACUACUGAUCCUCAUGCUGUACAUGGAAUUCGAACUCCUGAAAUUUACGAGUCACCAAAUUUAACUUCAGUACCAGUUAGGAAGAAGGAAGGUACUCACAUCCAGCUUUUGAAUAUUAACUUCCCACCAAGGAUUGCCAAAUUUCCUGAUUCGGCUCAACCUGCCAGAAAAAUCACAUCCAGCUUUGGUGAAAAUUUUGUCAACAAACCUCCCUUGCAGCAGCCAGUAAGAGAAGACAAACCAAAUGAUAUGUGGCAGUCCAACCCGGUGGCAGAUGCUGAGAUUGCUUCAACUGGAUCCGUAAACGGGGUCCAGAGUGAAGUUCAAUCAAGUUCUUCUCCUAUAAAGAUGUUGGAAAUGGAAAAUGGAUACAGCAGUGAUGGACAGAUAACAAUGUACUCUGCUGAAACUGCUGAAAGCCGAAAUAUUCCAAGUCCAAGAGAGGGAAGGUUUCAGCAAGUAGGGAGGAGCCAAAGUUGUGUGAACUACAAUAGGUGGGGAACAGUCCAAAAUAAUUCGGGUGCUCGUCGAGCAAUGCUAGAACAACAAAGGAGCGGUAUGCAAGGAAGAAAGGUCUACUCCCAAGGAGCAACUUCACAAAGGAGCAAUGACUAUUACAGCCCAACAGUGUCUUCAAUCAUGAAGAAAAGAAACAACUUAGAGCCACCAAUUAGACGAAACAGCUUAGAGCCACCAACUAGACCUCGUCAAAGUGCUGUAAAUUCAUCACCAAGAUGGAAUUUCUGAUUUACAAACUUUAGAUAAAUUCAUUCUUUAAGUCAAGCUCUCCUUUUUUUGGGCUUACACUGUAACUAUAUAAUGUGACUACAUGUGCAAAGGAAAUCCAAGAACAAGAAGAAAAUUUUGGUAUAGGCAGUCUAAUAAUUUCUGCUAUACAG